CGGGCGGAGGGCGCACAACAGUCCGUGGCGGGCAGCGGGCGGACGAGUCAGUACAGCUCCGCUCUUCGGCCUGGCUCCUACUGCGGGAGACUCGGCAGACCCCUCCGCUCUACCCACCCAUCCCGAUGAUGGCCGCCCCCGAGGCUGGCAGCACAGGCGGCGUGAUCAGCUACGUGGGAUCCAGCGGCGCCUCGCCCACCCGCACCAGCCCGGUCUCGCUCUGCAGUGACAGCUCUAACGGCAGCUCCCAAUCUGGAUCUCAGUCCUUCCCUACCUACUUCCCACCAUCACCCACUGGCUCCGUCCAGGAUUCCCGCACCUACGUCGGGGGCUCGCUGGCCCCCCGUGAGGACGGCUCCCCUUCCUCCUCCUCUUCCUCCUCCUCCUCCACAUAUGGCUCCUCGGUGAACUUCCCUGGGGUGCAGCAGGUUCCUGUGGAUGAGCGACGCCGCAGCUCACCCAGCAAAGCUGGCAGCACUGUCACCAAGCUGAACGGGAUGGUGCUGCUCUGCAAGGUCUGCGGGGACGUUGCCUCUGGCUUCCACUACGGUGUCCACGCCUGCGAGGGCUGCAAGGGCUUCUUCCGCCGCAGCAUCCAGCAGAAUAUCCAGUACAAGAAGUGCCUUAAGAAUGAGAACUGCUCCAUCGUCCGCAUCAACCGCAACCGCUGCCAGCAAUGCCGCUUCAAGAAGUGCCUGCUGGUCGGCAUGUCCCGUGAUGCUGUGCGCUUCGGGCGCAUCCCCAAGCGGGAGAAGCAGCGGAUGCUGGCAGAGAUGCAGAGCGCCAUGAACGGCAUGGGCAGCGUCACACCAGGGAUGCCCUGCCCCAGCGAGGGUCCAGCACCAGGCGGGGGCCGCGUGCUGCCUCCUGGACCACCACCACUCGCUCCCCCCACCUGCUUCUCCCAGUUCCCCCAGCAGCUGACACCACCCCGUUCACCCAGCCCCGGGGGGGCCACCGAGGAUGUCAUCGCACAGGUGGCCAAGGCUCACAAGGAGAUCUUCGUCUAUGCACACGAUAAGCUGGGACCCCCCCCAACCUGCGAGAGCGGACUUCUGCACUGGGAUGCUCCCCCCACCUGGGCCCCUGCCCCCCAUCCCCGGCUGUGCCCCCCCACCUACCCUGAGCCCCCAGCACGAAGCUGCCCCUGGCCCCGCGGCACCAAGGACGUCCUGCCGGCCUGCCCCAUGAACAGCCACACGCCCGGCCGCAGCGGGCGCUCGGUGCAGGAGAUCUGGGAGGAUUUCUCGCUCAGCUUCACGCCUGCUGUCCGUGAGGUGGUUGAGUUCGCCAAGCACAUUCCCGGCUUCCAGGCUCUCUCUCAGCAUGAUCAGGUCACUCUGCUCAAGGCCGGCACCUUCGAGGUGCUGAUGGUUCGCUUCGCCUCGCUGUUUGACGUGAAGGAGCAGACUGUCACGUUCAUGAGCCGGACGAAGUACAGCCUGGAGGAGCUGUGGGGCAUGGGCAUGGGCGACCUGCUCAGCUCCAUGUUUGAGUUCAGCGAGAAGCUCAGCGCCCUCGAUCUCACUGAUGAGGAGCUGGGGCUCUUCACCGCCGUUGUCCUGGUGUCAGCAGACCGUUCGGGCAUGGAGGACACGGCGUCAGUGGAGCAGCUGCAGGAGACGCUGAUCCGCGCCCUGCGAGCGCUGGUGCUGAAGACGCACCCGGCCGAGACAUCGCGGUUCACCAAACUGCUGCUGAAACUGCCGGACCUGCGCACCCUCAACAACCUCCACUCUGAGAAGCUGCUCUCCUUCCGCAUUGACGCCCAGUAGGGCCCCCAUGGACCCUCCCCGCCACCCUUGUACAUAGCACUGCGGGGACACACUCAACACACAUGACCCCCUGAAGGGGCAGCACAGACCCUGUGGUGCCUGCUGGACUCCCAGGAGGGGCUGCAAUUCCCCAGGUGGGCACCAGGAUGCCAGGACCCCCUCCUCCUCAAGUCGGGCACCAGCCCCACAGCUCCGCUGGCAGUGCCAGGGGGGCUCCCCCACCCUGGCCCCCCACUCCGGCAGCCAGCGGUGGAAAGCAGAGGCCGGAUCCAGCCGAGCUCUGUGGGUGGGGUGGGUUGGUUGGUUUCUUUUUUUUUUUUGUUUUUUGUUUUGUUUUUUUUUCAUCAUAUAUUUAUUACAUAAAUAUAUAGUAAAAUAGACCAGCAACAAUUACCAUAAAAAUAUCUUUCUUU